AUGGCAAAUUGUUUAAUGUGCUCGGAAGUUAUUUUGAAGAACGAACAAUCCAUUGCAUGUAGUGGGGUGUGCGGUGCCUCAUAUCAUCUAACAUGUGCUAAAAUGGAACUCUCAACCUUCGAAAUAUUUAGCGCUCAUACAAAUUUGCAUUAUUUUUGUGAUCGUUGUAAUUUUGGUAAGUCUGUAUCUUUUUAUUCCAAGGUUGACAAUAACUCAUCCCAACUUUUGGAACUUAAAAAUCUUAUAAAUGAGGUAAAGACUACAGUGGAAAGUUUGGUGAAACCUUCGCCGCCUCUUACUCGAGGUGCCAAAAGGAAAGCAGUUAUGCAAUCAGGGCCUUCAAGCAAGAAGCAGAACAUAGAAGCUGACAGUCCGGAAGGUUCAACAAACGGACCGGUUCCCCCGCUUCCCGAUUUGCCUGAAGCAGUUUCUGAAACUGUUGCCACUACCCUGGAAACUGAAACAAACGUCUCAAACGUUAUACCACCUAUUUUAAAGCUUAUUCCCAAACCUAAAACAAUUUUCCUUUCGCGAUUUGAUGCAUCGACGACUGAAGAUGAUAUUUUUAAAUUUAAAAAUGAAAGGGAAAUUGCUUCAUUUAAAGUAAAAACGCCUCGUAAUCUGUUUGAUUUAGUUGUAAAUCCUAAAAUGUGGCCUGAAAAUACAGUUGUUCGCGAGUUCGAAGAUCGUCCACGCGGCCCUCGAAACACUGUUGAUCCUGAAAAACUUUGUAUCACAGUUAAUAAUUCAAAAAACUAA